ACAUGAAUUGUACAAAACCUUCUCUUUUCUUCCUUUUCGGACGCGGAAAACAAACAUAAACACACUCCUUUUCAGACACAACACCUCAACCCCACACGGAGAAAGAUGUUUCCAAGAAUCAACCUAAAUUAUGAGUCGUAAGGUUUAUAAUCUAUAAUUUUAGCUACCAUUGUCCUUGUCCUUUUUCCGUUAAUUUUUCUGUACCAUUGUUUUCAACUAAACUGUCUUUUGCCCUCUUUCUUAAUCUUACGGACCCUUCCAAGUUCACCUCUUGGCUCUUGUCAUUCUUUCCAAAGGCCCACAGAUUAUAAAUUAUACAAUUUUAGAGGUUUUUUUUUUUUUUUUUUCUGGGCAUUGUUACUUUUUAGUCGUUCAAAAAUUCAGUAAGUUGUUUCGAGGACUUGUCCAUUGUUUAUUUGAAUGUGGCGAUGAUGGAUCUGCGAAGGUGUUUACUUUUGCUUUUGUUGCUGUUUUCGGCUCAAUUAAUUUGCUUGGUGAAGGGGAAUGUUGUGUUUAAAGUUCAACACAAAUUCAGAGGGCGUGUGCUGGGGAGAUCGGCUCUUAGUGCAUUUCGAGCCCAUGAUUCUUUCCGGCACGGCAGAAUGCUGGGUGCGGUUGAUUUGCAGCUAGGCGGCAACGGCCAGCCCACCGACGCCGCGCUCUAUUACACUAAACUUUCAAUUGGUAGUCCUUCAAAUGACUAUCACGUCCAGGUCGAUACAGGAAGUGACAUUCUAUGGGUGAAUUGUGCUGGCUGUGAUAAGUGUCCUACGAAAAGCAACCUGAAAAUAGCUUUGAAGCAGUAUGACUUGCAGACCUCCUCAACUGGAAAGGCAGUUACUUGUGAUCAAGAUUUUUGCUCCGCUAUGUUUAAUGGUCCAUAUUCAGGUUGCAAGGUGGGAGCAUCCUGUGACUAUGUUGUUACUUAUGGAGAUGGGAGCAAAACAGAGGGAUAUUUUGUUAGAGAUUACAUCAAACUUGAUGAAGUGACUGGAAACCUUCAUACCUCAUCCAUGAAUGGGUCCAUAGCAUUUGGGUGAGUCUUUAUUUCUGACAUGAAGUCUUCUGUUUGGUCUAUCAAUAAUAUUAUCGCGACUUGAAACUGCUUUAUUCAUUAUUUAUGCGGUUAUACCCAUCCACAUCACAAAUGGAUUAGUGCAAGUUUAGCUG